AUGGUAAAGUAUUUCAAUACGACAAUCACUAAAUUAAAGGUUCCAGAUGAAAUUAGUAGAGCACAUGCGGUUCGUUAUCAAGUGUUUGUACUUGAACAAGGAUAUACUGUAGAAAUUGAUAGAGACAAUAAUGACGAAAAAUGUCAUCUUUGGAUAGCUACAUGUGAUAAAGAGAAUGAUGAUGGAACAGUCGAGCAUAAUGUAGAUGUAGGCACAGUUCGCUUAUGGCCAAAAGAAGGAGGUGUAGCAAAAUUAGGUCGUAUAGCUGUUUUGUCCUCUGCUCGUGGGUUAUCUAUUGGACGAAAACUGUGCGAAACUUUUAUUGAAUACUGCAAAAACAACGGUUUUCAUACAAUUGUUUUAAAUUCACAGAUUGGUAGACGUGGAUUUUAUGAAAAGAUAGGAUUUAGAGUGGAGGAAGGUGAUGAUGAUAUCUUUGAUGAUUCUGGCACUCCUCAUGUACGCAUGUGGAUGCGCAACUUGUAA